CUUAACCCUUCACUGUCACCGGCUGUCAUUACAGUAGUUGCCAUGGCCCUCCUCUAGGCGAUGAAGCAUUUGGAUGUGGGUGCCGGCGGGUAAGAAGUUGCCCAGCAGUGCCUCGCCUACUUCAUUUCUGCCGGCUGGCAUGUCUGUGUAAAGCCGGUGCCAUGUGGCCGUCUGGAGCGAACAGCCGGGCACCGUGCCCCCGGGACUCUGCCAUUAGGAGAGCAGCCUUCUCCGGGCACCUCUCUGCAAUGCCCGCACACCUUGUGCCAACAGGGAAGAGCGUCCGGGUCUUCAUCAGUGCCAACCCUGAAGAUACAGAGGCAGAGAGGAAUGGCCUAAGAGAGCAAGUUUACCCGAAGCUUAGAGAAUUCUGCAGAGAAAACUAUGGCAUGGAGUUCCAGGCUAUAGACUUGUAUUGGGGGAUACCAGCAGAAGAGUGGGAUAGUCCUGAAGUGCAGAGGACUCGUAUGAGGCUGCUGGAGGAGUGCCUGAAGACAUCUGCUGGACCAUGUUUCAUAGGUCUGCUCGGAGAAAAAUAUGGAACCAUCCGAAUCCCUGGAGAAGUCGAGUCAUCUGAGUUUGAAAUGAUUCUUGAUGCCGCCAUCGAGGCCAAGCUGGAUACGAGGACUCUGGAAGAAUGGUAUUGCAGAGAUGAAAAUGCUGUGCCUCCGUCACACUACCUCAGGCCAAAAUCAGAACUCCUGAUGAAUCACCAUAAUCCAGUGAAUUCUUCAACAAGAUCUGCCAAUGAGAAGUGGUGUGAAGUAGUAGAAGAGAUCAAAAACAUUUUUAACACUGCUGUUAAGUUGCUUCAUGAGAAAGGAAAGAUGAAAGCCAGCCAAGCAAAAAGAUACUUGUCAUCAGCCUUGGAAGAUGAAUUUGACUUUGCUUUAGGAAAACAAACAGCGGCAUUUUUAAAGAAAUGUGUUUGCUACAUUCGGAAAAUAUCCAAUAUUGAAAAACAUCUGAAAAUACCUGAGAUGUCCAAGUAUACAGAUGUGGUUAAAAUAGAAGGCAAAACCGUGCGAGACCCAGAGGCCCAUGAGAAGAUGGUAAAGCUCAGGGAUGAAUUUAUUCCAACGAUUGUUGCAUCAGCCAAUCUACGGGUUUACACCUCAGUAACACAUUGUGACAUGAAACUGGGCUAUUCUCAAGAGGUGGAGAACCAUUAUGUGGAAGGACUUUGCAAGCAGUUCUAUGAGGACAUGAUUGAUAUAAUCCAGGCAACUGUGCAACAGAACUUUGAAACCGAGACAGAUCCACUCUACGAUGAGAUUUUACAGCAUUUGUCCUUGUGCAGAACCUACUCUUCCUUUUAUGAAUACAGAUGUGAAGCACUAAGCCUUGUUCAUAAAUACAUACAGCCUUCCAAAUCAGGCCAUGUCAACCCACUAGUAGUAUAUGGUGGACCUUGCACUGGAAAAACACUACUUUUAGCAGAAGUAGCAAAAAAGGUCUGUUCGUGGCUUCAAGAAGACAUGGGACCUGAGUCUGACCCUAUCGUCAUUGUAAGAUUCCUUGGAUCCACAGAAAUGAGCUCUGAAUUAAACUGUCUGCUUCAAAGCCUAUGUGAGCAGCUAGCUGUCAAUUACAGAUGUUUACUGCAGAACAUUCCGAAAAAGAUUGUUGAUCUGCAAGAGCUCUUUUUAAACUUGCUGAAUGAGUCUUCUUUUCACAAGCCUCUGGUUCUCGUGUUAGACAGCCUUGAACAACUUGCAGAUGGUGAUGAUGCCAGGAAACUAUGGUGGCUCCCUAUUCACCUCCCGCGCACAGUUCGUAUAAUAUUGUCAACACUGCCAAAAAAGCAUGGAAUCCUCCAAAAAUUACGGUGCCUUAUACACAACGAGGACAACUACAUAGAACUUAUUCCACGAGAUCGGAAAAUGUGCAGCCAAAUACUUAAACAUCAGCUAUUGAGAGUUAAAAGGAAAGUAACUUCGGGUCAACAAAUCUAUGUCAAUGAAGCAUUUUCUAGGUGUACUCUACCUAUGUUUGUGAACCUGACCUUUAGAGAGGUCAGAAAUUGGAGGUCUCAUAAGGACGUUGAUGAAUCUACUCUCUGUGUGACUGUCCAUGAGAACAUAGAGCAGUUAUUCUGUUCUCUGGAAAACAAGUGUGGACUGAGGUUGGUCUCAAGAGCACUUGGUUAUAUUACAAUGGCUAAAAUAGGACUCAGUGAGGUGGAGCUAGAAGACAUUCUGGCUCUUGAUAACAAUGUCAUGAAUGAGUCACUAACAAAUGAGAGAACAUUUAAUCCAUUAAGAAUACCAUACACUUUCAUUGCACAAAUUAAAGAAGAUCUUGCAGGAUAUUUAGUUGAGCGACACAUAAGAAAUUGUACCCUUUUGGUUUGGUCUAAUAGACAUCUUCACCUAAUUGCCCAAAAGUUGUAUCUCAGCAAUGACGAUGACCUGCAAGAAAUGCAUAUGAAUAUGGCAGAAUACUUCCUUGGUGUAUGGUCGGGAGGCAGGAAAAAAACAUUCUACAAUGAUCAUCGCUAUUUUGAAAACUGCAUUCAGAACGAACACAGGGGCAUACAUGAUAAUGAAAUCCACUACAAUGAUGAAAAUGAAUUUGACAGGCAAGCUCCUGAGCAGCCAUGGGCUUUUCAGUGUAAUCCUCUACAGCCUGAUAUUUUUUUUGUAAAUCACAGGAAAAUGACAGAACUACUGCAUCACUUAACAAGAUCUGGAAUGACAGAUGAAAUAAUGUCUGGGAUCAUAAUGAAUUUUAGCUGGCUUUACACAAUGAUCAAAAUUGGACAAUUUGAUAGGGCUUUAAGUGACAUUGAAAUAGCAUAUAAUUACUCACAGGAAAAAGAGCUGAAAUUUCUCGCAAGUACUCUUCAAAGCAUAAAAAACAAGGUUCUAAAAAAUCCAGGGUCACUUUCUGCUGAACUGCAGCAGAUACUUCUGCCAGUUGUGAGUUAUUUGCCUAAGUUCAGGAACCUUCUUGUAGAAUGUGACAGAGAUGGACCUAGAUACUGUUCGAUUGUGCCAUUGCACUCAUCAAUGGAUGUGACAUACACCCCGGAAAGGCUUUCUUUGUCAUCUAGCUCAUUACAUGUUACAGAGGUCCUUCCUACUUAUAGCCCAAAUAUAAUUAUUUCUGCACUUGAGAAUGGCACAAUCAGUACCUGGGAUGUUGAGUCGAGGCAACUUUUAAGACAAAUAACCACUACUGAGUUUGUAAUUAUGGGAAUGAAACUUUCCGCAGAUGAAAAAUAUCUUGUUGUGUCCACAGCAAAAAAUACCCUGUUGAUUUAUGACAACUUAAACUCUUGUCUUCUAUCUGAAGUGGAAGUUAAAGGUUCCAAAAGUGUAGGAGGUGGGCCAAACCUAAUCAAUGGCUUUACACUGUCUCAUACACAUGCACUAGCUUGGUUGGAAGCAAGUAAAGAUGUUAAUGUCAUAGAUUUACUGUAUGGCUGGCCACUUUAUAAUUUCCACUGCUGGUAUGAAGUCACAUGCAUCCAGUGUUCUUCAGAUGGGCUAUAUGCAUUUUGUGGCCAAUACCUCAAUACCACCACAAUAUUCCACUUAGGCACUGGCGAGAAAUUAUCAACUGUAACUUCAGAAUUUUCUGGUGGCUUUGUAAAAUAUAUUCUUGUUCUUGAUACAAGUCAAGAAGUGGCUAUGAUUGACAAUGAAGGGAGCCUCUCUGUUUGGAACAUAGAAGAAAAAACCAAUCCCCAACUGAUGGAAGAGUUUGAUUGUACGAAGGGGGACAGUGACGUUAUUAGCAUUGAGCUGUCUGAAGACCAAAGUGCACUUUUAAUCUGUAAAGCAUUGAGCAUUGAACUACUAGACACACGUAUGUGGAAAGUUUCAGAAAAGUUUAGGGCAAAACGUAAUGAGCGAUUUAUAUCAGCUAUUCUCUCUCGGAACUGUGACUGCAUUAUCGCUUCCAUUGAAAAUACCUCAUCUAUAUUUGUUUGGAGAAGAGAUACUGGGCAGUGCAUGGCAAGUUUACAGGAGAUCUCAGGAAGUAUAGUGAAGUUGGUGAAAUCCAGUCAUCAUAACUUACUUUUGUCCCUGUCCAUCAGUGGAGUGCUGUCUAUCUGGGACAUUGACAUCUUAAGCGCAAUGUCCAAUAUUGACAAGACCGGGAGAGGUGUUCUUAUGGUUUUAUUGUCUGGGAGAGGAGAUUAUAUCUACUCAAUUGAUGGAUCUGAAUAUGUUCAAAAAUGGAAUUUUAACACGGGCUUCAUUGAAUCAGCCUUUAAGCAUGAAGGUAUUGUAGAACAUGUUGUACUGACAGCUACGGGAGAACUGAUGGUCACCUCAGAUGAGAAAUGUAAUCAAUAUGUUUGGCAUACUGGUACAGGGGAAAACCUUUUCCGGAUUAGCGGUCAAAGAAUAUUGCAACUGUUAAUUACUCAUAAUGAUCAAUUUGUAGUGUCGUUAUGUGAACAAAAUGCGUCCAGAGUAUGGAGGCUAGCAACAGGCCAUAAAGUAUGUAAUAUCUUAGCUACCUUAAAGAAUGCACUUAUAACGACUGCAAAUACCUUUUUGAUUGGAAUGACCAAGAACAAACUUUUGGCGGUGAGUCUAUGGACAGGAAGCAUAACAAAAAAAUACUGCUGCGAUGAUGGAUCAACCAUCAUCAACUUCAACCUAAUUCCAGACUGUCCAGAGUUGGUUGUGUUCAUGACAUCCACUGAGGCAGUGAACAUCUGGAGCCUUGCUGAGGAAGCCAUUUGCCGAAGAGUCCAGCUACCAUGUAACUUCUUAAGAAAUCUUAAUGAUUUUGAAAUCUCACCUAAUGGGAAACUUGGGAUUAUCACCCAUGGAGAUGAAAAGUUUAACGUUUUAGAUCUUCACACAGGAAAACUCAGAGUAGUGCACGCAUCAGGUAUUAUAUGGAAGCAGAACUUAUCUUGCGAUGGACGUUAUCUGGUGUACAUUUGCUUCCAAAAUGGGGAAGAUGAUGAAGAUAAUUCCGUCUCAAGUUUAAUAGUAAUGAGACUUGCCGAUGGGAAAAGCAUUGGUGCUUGUACCUUAUAUAAAAUCCCAACCUUUCUUGCACUCUCACAAAGGCACCUCAAUAUCGUUGUAGGCUUUGAUGACGGAAGCAUUGGCACUUACACUGUGGUGGAUCGGGUUGAUGCAACAUUAAAAAUUAAAAUUGCAACUUCCAAUAGCCGUCAAAUUUUCAAUAACAAAACUCAUUUUCAUAGGCCCAAAUGCAAUAAUUACAUCUAUAAAAUGGCACCCGACUGCUUGUGGCGGGAAUCCACCGAAGUGUUUGCAAGAGAUAGUCCCAUCACAGUUUCCGAAUCCGGUGAAGGAACAGAGUCAACACCGACCAAAAAGCAUAACUUUUGCUAUGAGAAAAUGUGUUCUGCCAUAGACUGCCGGGGGCAAAGCUUUGCCGCUAACAACUAA